UUCACACACGAGUUCAUUCAAGCUGUCAACAAACCACGAGGAAUGUCGACUGAGAGUGACAAGCCUUAAAAUGUCGGACGCUACCUCGACUGUCUCGCGGACUCCAUAACGACCGGAAUCAGUCAUGUCUCUCACUUAAGUGGACGAGCCAGUUCAACUGAUGUAGGACUUUGCGGACCAACGUUUCAUUUGUGUAGUGUGUUCUGGUUUGUUGAGAAAAAAUAACUAGAGACAAAUGGAAAUUAAUUAAACAUAACGAGCUGAUGGUGGCAUUAUCGUUGUUGUGUGGAUUACUAUUGGGCCGGGUGUUGUGUUGCCACAGAGGCCACAAUGGCCAACAUCAACCUGCUCAGUCGCAUUAACAACGGUCUGCCGGAAGGUUGGGAGGCAAAGCUGACUGUUGACCACGGCAGAAUCUACUACAUAGAUCAUGGUAACCAAGUGUCAUCAUGGGUACCCCCUCUGGACAACUGGGACCCUGGAGCUCUGGGACUGCCUUAUGGCUGGGAAUGUGCAAUGGACAAAAACGACAAGCCAUACUACAUCAACCAUGUAGACAAGUACACAACACGCGAUGACCCCCGAGAUGACCCUGACUAUGUAGAACCACCCAAACCUCGAGAGAUUGAACUGUCACGUGACUCACAGAAAGGAUUUGGCUUUGUGGCGGGGAGCGAGAAACCUGUUGUUGUACGCUUUGUGACUGAAGGCGGUCCAAGUGUGGACAAACUGUUGCCAGGUGAUCAGAUCAUCAAAAUUAAUGGCGAGGAUGUGAAGAAGGCACCACGACAAUAUGUCAUCGAUCUGGUCAGAUCAUGUCGGGAAACAAUGACUUUGACUGUAUGUCAGCCAUACUCUGACAAUGGGGAUGAUCAGUCUACAAGGAAGUCCGCUCUACUCACCGCAGCCAAAAAGGCCAAACUGAAAAACAACCCGUCUCGUGUGCGAUUUGCUGAGUCUGUCACUGUUACCCUGGUGAAUGGGAUGCAGAGUCCCUCCCCUGAUGAGAGCUACGUGCCUUUCAUGCCUAAUGUCCUCAAAGUGUUCUUGGAAAAUGGUCAGACAAAAUCGUUCAAAUAUGACAACAAAACAACUGUAAAGGAUGUGGCCAAUUCGCUGCAGGAGAAGCUUGGUAUCAAGAGUGUCAAAUAUUUCAACUUGGUCCUGCAAAACAUGAAAAGUCAUAUACCUGGCCGACUAACCCUUCUUCAGGACCACGAGACACUUGCAGAGAUUGCUGCCAGACCAGGGGCUCGUCACUUCCGUUGUCUGUUUCGUGUGAUGUUUAUGCCCCGCGAUGCCUUUGAUCUUCUCAAUGAGGAGCCAAUGGCGUUUGAGUACUUCUAUAUGCAGUGCUGUAAUGAUGUGGUACAAGAAAAGUUUCCAGAGCUGAAGGGAGAGACAGUGCUGAAGCUUUCUGCACUCCAAAUACAACAACAUGCUAUGCACAACAACACAACUGGCAAAAUUAACAUAAAGGCAAUCGAGAAGGAAUGCGGGCUGGAGAAGUUUGUGCCUUCCACACAGUUAGAGAGUAUGAAAUGCAAGGAUCUGCGUAAACUGCUCAGUCAACAGCUCAAAAUUAACCAGAAUCUGACGCCGCCAGGUCAGAAACAGCUGUCAGCCCUUCAGGCCAAGCUGCAUUAUGUCAAGAUUGUCAGCGAAUUAAAAACCUUUGGUAGCCGUGUCUUCAUGGUCACUCUGUUGGACCAGAAGAUGGAGGCAAUGAUACUAGUUGGGCCAAAGUCAGGGAUUAGCCUCAUCACCAACAUCAAACACUACACCCUCUCCAUGCUGGCUGACUUCAGUAUGAUAGAGAAGAUCAAAGUUUCCAAGGAGAAGGAUAACAACAUGCAGAGGGUAGAGGUCACUGUCAAGGGCAAGGAUGCUGGGAUGUUAAACCUGGGCCUUCUGAAGGAUGAUGUGCAGAACUUUGUUGGAAUCGUGGAGGGAUACUACCGUAUCUUUGUUGAUGCAGGUGCCUGUCUGGUGGAGAAACCUGCCAGUAAACAGACCGGCGACCCUGAUGUGCCCCCCUACACCAGUAAACACAAGGUAAUGACGACUCCCUGGAGCUAUCCCGAGGACAUUGUGUCACAGACUCUUACGGCGCAAAUCACAGAGAAUGAACGCGUUAUUGACCUCUGUCAGGGACCACCUCCUUAUGAUGAUGCACAGAACAUUGACCGCAUCAAAAUUGAACUCGGCAUUAAGAACGGUUCGGAGGUGAUUGAAGACGACACAGUUAUCGACCUUGUGAAGGAGCAAGGAACUGACUUAGAAGAUGGAACAGAGCCAUGUAUUAAUAAAAGUGUCAUAAUAAUAGGCAAGACUCCUGAAAACAAUAACAAGGCCCUCCGUCGACAGGGGGCUCAGGAAGGGGGAGACAUCCCCGACGCAAAGAAACCUAAGACAUCCAUUCCUGAGAUUGGACAGAAUGGACAUGUGUAUCUUAAUGGUGAUAUUUAUGAUGAAAUCCAUGACCAAAAGACAGUUGUCAAUGGCGAUGAGCUCUCUGACACAGACAGUGGGGUGGAGUCAGAGCGAAAGGUAACCCUGGAGGAUCCCCCUACCCCUGAGUCUGGGGGCUCCGUGGGGCAGGGGGACCAAGGAUGUAGUGACACAGACAGCUGGGGCACACCUGCAAAUAGCCCUGCCAAAGGUAGAGCACAGCCAAAAUCACUUCCUAUAUUCGAUGGGGAGAGUUUUGGUCUCCAUAGCCCAGACGUUUUACCUCGGUCUGAGUCGGACUUCCAGGCGAUUGCCUCCAGCUUUGGGUUGCUUAGUCCUGAUAAGAUACCUCCUGGAAUUGAAGAAGGAAUUCUUGAUCCUCGCAUGUUCUCUCAGCGUCAGCUAUACAUUGAUCCAGAUAUUAUUGCUUCAUGUAAAUCUGAAAUGAUUGAUCUAACACUGUUACCUCCACUUGAGGACCCUAACAUGGGAAACACGGUGAGCCAUUUUGGAACCUGGAGCCCGGAGAUGUUACAGAGUCACCUUCACAGCGUGGGUCAAGCUGAAGGUCAUCCACCUCCUUUAGUGAGGUCAGCCAGUGUGGGAGAUACACCCGAUUUCUUCGACGAGGACAUUGAUUUGUUAAUCGCUAAUUUGACAGUACCACCUCCUCCCUCUUCUGUUGGGGAAGGGAAAGUUACACAGGAGGAGGAGGAGGGACAAAGUGAUAUCAAUAUGCCAAUAGAAGAGAGUUUUGCUGACCUUGUCAUCCCCCCUCCCCCAGGGGAGUCGGCCACAGCCAUCCAACAGAUUGCAAUAGUUCCCCCCAUUGAGGGACAAACAGAGACUGAUAUUAAAAUGAGAAAUAUGCAACAUAGACGUUCUAGUUCCCUAGACACAUUUCUCAUUAAGUUUCCAUCAGAGGAGGGUGGAACGGAGUCCUCCACUGACCCACCAGAGGAUGUACCUCCAGAACUACCAGCCUCAUCACCUCCCAAAUUGUCCCCUGACAGAAAUCCUCCAAAUGAGUUGGUCUUACCCAGUGAGGCAUCCCAAACUCUGAAGGACUUUGAAUCACCAGCAUCUGUGUCACAAAGACUGAACACGUUACUGCAAUCUAUGCCAAUUCCAGGAGAGUCUGCCAGCAGAUUCAGUAGAAACACACGGCGCACCUCCUCACUCAAACUGUCACGCAGUGCCUCUGCAGACACUGCUAAUGUUGUACAAGAUGCUAUUAAUUCUGUUGAUGCAGUUGCCAGGAAGUUCGGGAGGAGUAACUCAUUUCAAACACGACAUAAGAGAAGAGAUACGAAUAUUCAUGGAACAUCAACGUCUAGUCAUAAUAAUGGACCAGGAGUUAGCUCCCCUGGCAUGUCACAAGAUCAAAAUUCACGACGUCUACAGAGGACUCGCUCAUUUGAUGUGAAGGCUAACAAGGAGAAUCAUGACAAUGUGUGGUCUGACAGUUCAGGAAGUGACACUAGCGACACACUGGCCUCACUCAAGGCCACUCUUAAGUCCUAUCGAGACUUCCUUCUCAGCAAGUCAAAAGAUUCCUCUCGGACAAAAGACUCGCGGCGAUCUAGUAUCUCAAGUGAUGAAGGAAGUGAAAAAAACAGCAGUUCAUUACACAGGUCAAACUCCUUCACGCUUGGUUGGUUAAAGCGAAGGUCAUCCUUAUCUGGGUCUGAUGAUAAAGGUCGUAGGUCAGGUAGUGAUCUAUCCUUAAAUAAAGAUCAACCAACCAGAAAGAAAGAAGGUGUUGAAGGAACUGACAAAAAGGCACCAGUCUUGAUGAACCAAUUAGCUGUAACGAGGUCAAAGUUGAAAAGUCACUCCGCUUUUUCAGUUCAGCAUUACACAUACCCCCUCCGUGGGAAGGAAGCAGAACACUUAAAAGAACAGAAGGGCAGUAAGAAGACGGGACCAAUGAAAGCUCUUCUGACCGCUUCGGAUGGACAGAUCUCUAGCUCUGAUGAGCGACGACCAUUGGAGCCCCUCCGUCUGUCACUUUACAACAAAUCCGACCCAGUGGAGAUCACUACCAAGGAUGAUUUAUCUCUGUCAGUGACUGAAACAUCGCAGGCCAAGAAGGACCUGAAAGUGAGUCCGUUUGGGACAGUGGGCAGCAUGUGGCGCCCAAUGUCUAUGUCGCGCAGUAGUUCCUCGUCGGACGAGCCUGAAACCCAUACCUACAACAACUUUGACCUUCUCCGAGACUUAUCCUCAGGGAAGUCUUCCAUCAAGCGUACUUCCACCAAAGUAAAACAAGCCCCUGUCCCAGUCCCAGUCUCUUCCCCGUUACGACCUCCCCGUAAAUCUAACCCUGCCCCUUCAGUGUCAUCAUCUGUUUCGUCCUCAUUAUCAUCCUCCCCAACAUCUUCUAUAAAUGGAGAUGGUAAAGACUCCCUGUCUGAGGAAUGUUUUGCUUUAUUACGUGACAAGGUCAGUAAAAAUCAUUCAGACAGUGUUAAACACAUUCUCAAACGGACAUACAGUGUAGAAAGUUUCGCAUGUGCCAACGAGGACUCAGACAAACUCUUGUCAGAAUUGAAACAGACGAUGGAGACUCUGAAGGAAUCCCGCAUUGACCGCCAACCAAUGCAGUUUGGGAUGUGUAAGGAUGAAUUGAUAGGUCAAGUAAAAUUAUUUGUGACAGAUGCCAAGCUUUUGGUCAGUAAUGCAACUCAGACACGAGACAAAAUGGCCAAAAAUCUCAACAAAAGUAUGCACACCCUUGCUAAAAUGUUCCUUCAUUGCCAAGCGACCAUGCUGAUGAUGGAAGCAGUACAUCAAGCACAGCACCUUGGUUUUGAGGUUAUUAAGGUCACCAACGCUUACAAGAGUACAGUGAACGCAGCUCAUGCAGCUGUAGGUAAACCUCUAGGUGACCCUCACAUGCGAUAUCUCAUGCGCCAGGCAACCAACCUAGCAACUCUACUUAGCAACCUACUGAAAACAUUGAAAUCAUUAGAACAAAAAUGAAGCAUAACUUUGUUGUAUUACUGAAAAACUGAUGCAUAAUCUCAAUGUUUAAACUUAAUAGGAUGUUAUUUUUGUACGUAGUAUUGUUGUUAGGGAUCAUGACCAGAGUUCAUGUUAACCACAUGUUAUUGUGUUAAAGCUUAUGACCAAUGGGAUUCUGUUACUAUAUAUAGACUGUGAUAAAAAGCAUUAUAGCCACUUAUGUUCAUUGUUUUCCACAUUCACCGAUACCCUUAAUCAGAGUAUAUCUAACCAAGUACACUCCAAACAUACUAAAGACUCGGAAUACAUUUGGCAGUUAUUGCUGUUUAAAUGUUGAUAACAGCUGGAUCAUUUGUACUGUAGCCAAAGUUCAGUUUUAAAAGGUGUUUAACAAUUGAUAGACAACCAAUCAGGUUGUAUAGCCUCUUUUCUCUCUGCCACUUCAUUAUGUCACAGAUGUUUGGAUACAACAAUUUCAUUACAGACCAGAUCCCAAGUAUUUUAGAAUAUUUUUUAAUUAGAAUCAUAUCAUUAAUACACAUCUAUAUAUAAAGUAUCAAUUUCCAAAAUACUGCUCGAAGAUAUCGGAGAAACUGCUUAAAUAAAAACAUGCUAGACAGAUAUUCAGAAAUUGUUGCUAAUGACUUGCAAAACAAAACAUUACCCAAAGAAUGGGAAAUAAAAAAAUAUUAUAGCAAAAAUAUAUUUUUAGCAAACACUUCUCCUAAACAACAUCUGUAAGACAUUCCAGGGAUUUACGGCUACAUUCCACAGACAUGAGCUGCGUAGAGGUCCUCUUAAUCUCCACUGGUCAAGGAGGCCUUGUCAUAUAUACACGUCUGAUAUUUGCUCACAAUGAACUUUAUGACAUUGGUAUUUUUUCUUUCAGGAGUUUACAUUUACAAACCAUUCUGUAAUUAUAAAGGUUUAAGGGAUCUGUGAUUUUGAGUCAGUUAAUGUCUAUUGAUAUUUCCUGUUCAUAUAUAACGUGACUAAUCCUGAAAUAAAAUAAAGGAAACACCCGUGCUUGAAACAAACUGAUAAAAAACAAUAUGGACCAACUUACUUAUCUUUUAUUUACAAUAUGUUGUAAAAUUAUCCCUUUAAGUAUUAAUGAACAAUCUACAUGUAUAAAGUCCCUUUAAACCUAGCUUUCUCGUAAAUUGAUUUAAGUUAUAUUUCAUACUAUAUUCAACAAGUCAGUGUUUAUGCAAAGUAGCAUUGUGUGAAAGGGAAAUAAGAGAAAUGUCAUUACUGGGUGUCAGUAAACUCUUACAUACUGGGGACAAAUACCAAUUACUGGGUGUGAGCAAGCACUUAAACACUCGUGACAAAUACAAAUUACUGGGUGUCAGCAAGCACUUAAACACUCGGGAUGAAUACAAAUUACUGGGUGUCAGCAAGCACUUCAUCACUGGGGACAAAUACAAAAAUAGUGACUUACAGAAAUAUAUUCUGUUAAGAAUUACUGUUUUAAGACACAAAUGUCAGCUUUUUAGGCAAAGUGUGUAUAAGAUACUGGUUGUGAGGUAUGGUAUGUGUGUAUAAGAUACAUCAAUCUAGUAAAGCUGUUGAGAGAUAUCGACAACGCUGAAACUCACUGACUUUGAUCAGUAUCAAAGGGAAAUAACCAUGCAAUAACUGAAUAUAGAAUUCUUGGGUCAUUAAUUCAUUUUAGCCUUGUAAGUUUUAUUGAGCCACUCCUGGAUUACCUCCCUUAACUACCUUUUCCAAAACUGAUAAUAAAGAAAUGUGUUGAAUGAUAAUUGCGAAAUGAUAAAAAGGUUUUAGAUUUUUUUUUACGCUAUGUAACAUGAGAGCUCACCAAAAUUCUGUCUUUCGGAGGACUUGGUCUCAUCAAAGAUACAAAGAAAACCGUCACAGAGUUGCUAAGAACCGCCAAAAAGACAAAUCCCUGAUAAGAAAUUUGUAUUUUGACAAGUGUUAAAUAUGUUUUUGUUUGUGUCAGGUCUAGAAUAUGUUUCCCUUAUGGUGCUAGCUGUAGUAUUUGUAAGACAAAAGUUUCUAUUUUCGCAAACUUCAACUUUUGUUUCCCUUGUAAUGCCAGCUCUAGAAUAGGUUUCCCUGUUAUUGCCAGCUAGAGGAUUUCAUUUGUUUCCCUGGUGGUGCCAUCUGUGGGAUUAUAUUUCCCAGUGAUGCUAGUUCUAGGAUUUGUUUUCCCGGUGGUUUCAUCGUUUGGAUUUGUCACAGAUGUUUGUAUUUUUGCAAGCAUCCCAUCCUGUAUUUCAGGUAGUGCCAACUCAAGAUUUUUUUUCUUGGUAUUAUAAUGUUGAUUCUAAUAAUAAUAAAGGGAGGUAAUCUGGUAAUAAAAGGGGCUGAUACCAAAGGAUGUUUUCCUAAUAGAAAAGGAGGUAAUCUGGUAGGAUUCAAUUAUUGUUCAUUGCUUUGAGAUUCAUUGACAAGGUCAGAGUUUAAUAGUUAUUCAUUAUUUCAAUAUUAUUGUUCAUUACACAUUAUUAAAUAUGUAUUAUUGUAAUAUAUUAUAUUAUAUAUAACUUAACAAUUUAUUACAGAGAAUAAAAUA